AUGCUAAAGCCCCAUUUGAACCUUAACAUCACAAUCAGUUUUGCAUUACGUGUUUAUUUGCAAGUUGCAGCAGCUAGCGGAACAAUAAAUACACACGGCGCCCAGUCCCAUGAUCCUCUGCGGUGUGACGAACACUUCCUCUCUUCCCUUGGCGGCCCCACCAGUGACAGUUACAUGGAAUACGACGAUCUUCCAGAUCUGCAGGAGGUUCAAGAAGAACCGGCAGCUCUGUCCGUGUACAAGGUGGAGGUCGGCGUGUCGCACCAGGAGCGUCACGAUCACACACAGACACACAGGCCCCCGCCUCCAGACACACUGUGGCUCACACAGCUGGCGCACAUCGCCACCGGGCCUCAGAGCCCACUGCUGCAGGACCCUGCUCACAGCAGCUUCUCUUCAGUCAGCGCCCCGAGCCGCAGCAGGAGUGAUCUCCACUCCUACGCUCGGCCUCCUCCUGCGCUCCCCAGCAGCUCCACGUCUCCCCCCCGCGCUCCUGGCAGGGAGCGCCGACGCAGCAGGACGAGCAGCGAGUGUGGUUCUGCCGUCUCAACGAGGUCGUCUGUGUCCGACGACGAGGACAUGGGCUGGAGUUUCUCCUGGCCUCCUACAGCCUGGAACUGUUUCCUCAAAGGAACUCGUCUGCGCUUCCACAGCGGCUCAAACAUGGCGUGGCAGGACGUGGAGGACUUGGAGGCUGGUGGAAAGGACUGUGCUGACGAGGAGUGGUCGAGAUUUCUGAAGAGCUAUGGCUCCGAGGGUCUGCAGCUGGUGGAGCAUGAAGAGACAGUGUUGUCUGGUCAGACUGUCCUGCAGUUAACCUUUGACCCCGGGGUGUUUGGACAUACCCCCGUCACGGCCCGGUGCCAACUGGACCACCCCUUCUACGUCAAAAACAAAGGGUGGUCCUCGUUUUACCCAAGCUGGACCGUGGUGCAUUAUGGGAUACCGUGUUAUGAAACUGAAGUAGGAGAUGUGUGCCUGCCUCCUGGGCACAGAGAUGCAAAGCACACAGAUGAUUCACUGGUUUUUGACACAUUUAAAAGCUACGACUUCACUCCUCUGGACUCGUCUGCCGUUUACAUGUUGAGCAGCAUGGCGAGACGCCGGCGCGCCUCACAGUCCAGCGGGGGAGCCGCUUCCCCCGAGAGAGCCACCCAUUCCCAGUCCAGACAUCACAAGCCAACAAAGAACCAGUUGGUCAGAGCACAGGGAGGCGGCGGCGCCACGCCCAGCAGGUGCAAGAGACCGAUGAACGCCUUCAUGCUGUUCGCCAAGAAGUUCAGGGUGGAGUACACGCAGAUGUAUCCGGGCAAGGACAACAGAGCCAUCAGCGUCCUCCUCGGGGAGCAGUGGAAGAAGAUGCGAAGCGAGGAGCGGCUCGUGUUCACGCUGCAGGCCAAAGCGCUCGCCGACGAGCAGAAGAGGCUCAACCCCGACUGCUGGAAGCGCAAACGCACGAACUCUGGAUCUCAGGGACAUUAA